CUGCGCGCAGUGCUGUGUAUGAUUGAGGGCCGUGCCGUGCCGUGAUACCGGGUUCCCUGGCUCCUCUGGCACCACGGCUGCCUCCUUGGGAGGUGCAUGAAUUCUUUCAUUGUUUUCUGAGUUGCGUUUAUCGUUAGCCUCUUCCUUUUUAUUUAUUUAUUGUUUUUUUUUGAAGUAUAUAUUAGUGUUGUCUAGCAUGCCUCCUCUAACAGAAAAGGACAGACCGAUUGUUCAGCUGUUACUGGGCGCUGGCACGUGCCCACGAUGUAUUUUCAGGUUCUGCCGUGUGGGAUCGCAGACGCUUUAUAGACAUCCAUACAAGGAGUUGAUGAAGGAUUUGAAACAAUUCCUGAAAGGUAAUCAAGAAAAAGAAGAUACAGCUUGCUUUGAUGUAGCUGAUCCGCCUUGUAAGCGAUUCAGACUUGGACAUGCAGAAGAAGGGCCUGAUGAUCUGAACCAGAAUGGAAUGCUCAGUCAGAUUCCUUUGCUUAAUGAUGAUAAUGCUGCUGUGGAGAACUCAGCUGAAGAGGUUUGCAAUGUGUGUUUGGGAAUUCUUCAAGAGUUCUGCGAGAUCGACUUUGUUAAAAAGAUGUGUGAAAAGGUUGAUUCUUCUGACUACCAGUUCACCAGUUUUGUGUUUUCUGUGUCACUACCACCACAGCUGUCUGUCAGGGAGCAUGCUGCUUGGCUGCUGGUAAAACAGGAAAUGGGAAAACUGGGCCUUUCCUUGGCAAAGGAUGACAUUGUUCAGCUGAAAGAAGCUUAUAAGUGGAUUAUUCAUCCCCAGUUGUCAGAGGAGUUGGGUGUUCCCACUGAUGGAAAGAGUUUGUUUGAAGUUAGCGUGGUCUUUGCUCACCCAGAAACAGAUGAGGAGUGCCGUUUCCUAGCCACAGUCUGUCCAGAUUGUUUCAAGCCAGCAAAGAACAAACAGUCUGUUUUCACUAGAAUGGCAGUUAUAAAAGCCCUAGAGAAGAUAAAAGAAGAAGAUUUUCUCAAGCAUUUUCCAUGUCCCCCAAGUUCACCGAAGAACCUCUGUGUUGCUCUGGAAAUUCAGUGCAAUAAUGGUGCAGUUUUUGUGGCUGGAAGGUACAAUAAAUAUUCAAGGAAUUUACCUCAAACUCCCUGGAUUAUUGAUGGAGAGCGGAAGUUGGAAUCUUCAGUGGAAGAACUGAUUUCAGAGCAUCUAAUGGCAGAAUUUAAAGCAGAUAGCUUUAAUUUUUCUUCCUCUGGAAGAGAAGACGUGGAUGUGAGAACACUAGGCAAUGGAAGGCCUUUUGCAAUUGAGCUUGUGAAUCCUCAUAGAAUACAUUUUACUGCUGAGGAAAUGAAGGGACUUCAGCAGACAAUUAAUAACUCUUCAGACAAAAUACAGGUCCGAGAUUUACAACUUGUCACCAGAGAGGCAAUUGGUCGUAUGAAGGAAGGUGAAGAGGAAAAAACAAAGACCUAUAGCGCCUUAAUAUGGACAGACAAAACAAUACAGAAAGAACAUAUUGCAUUUCUAGAUAAUAUCAAGGAAUUAAAACUUGACCAGAAGACACCACUCCGGGUUCUCCAUAGAAGGCCUCUGGCUUUAAGAUGUCGAAUCAUUCACACCAUGAAGUCUGAGUACAUAGAUGAGCAUCACUUUCGCCUGCAUCUGAAAACACAAGCAGGAACCUAUGUUAAAGAAUUUGUGCACGGAGACUUUGGAAGAACAAAGCCAAAUAUUGGCUCCCUGCUGAACAGAACCACGGACAUUCUGGAGUUGGACGUAGAAUCUGUGGACAUUGACUGGCCUCCAGCCCUGGAGAAUUAGCUUCACGAGUUGGGAUGUCACACAGCAGCUCCCUGGUCAGCAGCAGUUUACUGAAGGCUGUACAGUACUACAACUUGGUUACAAAGUAUUUUUGUUGAACAUUUGGAUCAUGUUGAUCUGCCAAAGGACACUGCUCCUUUGAUCAACUCACUCAGGUGGUGGUCAUUCAAUAUCUAGCUUUUUUAAAAUGUUCUUCUCUGCGUACAGCGAUUUUGGCAAGCUAAUGUAUUGAUAACAAAUCUUUUAAAAAUCUGCAAAGAAAAACAAAUGGUGUGCUGAGUAGGUACAACAAAUGUGCUUAAUGCAGUACUGUUUGAAAUGUUUAAUUAAAAAAAGUUAACCGAUA